AUGGAGCCUUCAUUUGAGGAUAUGCAGUCUAUUCGAGAUGCAGAUCGCGGGUUUGUUGAUCGUCUCGACCCGUGUAUCAUUAAAGAUCGCCAAGGCCGUGUUGUCUGGGAUAAUGAAGCCUACAACUUCCUCUAUAGAAAGCCUGCCCCAGAGACCACGAACCCUAAGCUAUGGCGUCAAGCUCAACUUGUUGCAAAACAAGGACUUUUUGAGGUUGUCGACGGUAUAUAUCAAAUCAGGGGUUUCGAUCUCUCGAAUAUGACUGUGAUUGAAGGAAAGGAGGGUAUAAUCGUGAUCGAUCCCCUUACUUCUAUGGAGUGUGCAAAGGCUGCACUAGACCUGUAUUGCAAGAAUCGCGGCAGCAGACUUGUGCUAGACAUGAUAUACACGCACUAUCACGCGGAUUAUUUUGGCGGUGUUGGGGGAAUCUUAUCCCGAGAUGAGGCCCUUAAAAUACUGGUGGUUGCCUCUCAGAGCUUUCUUAAGCAUGCUGUCAGCGAAAACAUUUUUGCAAGUAAUACUAUGGCUCGUAAGGCGGGAUAUAUGUAUAGAAAUGAAUUACCUAAAAGUCCCUAA